GCGGGCCGCGGCGGCCGGGCGGGAUUAAGUUUCUCGGUCACGCGUGAGUGUCCGUGCGCGUUUACCCCGGGGCCCGGGAGGGGCCCCUAGCCAGGCCGUUACUUGAGAGCAGAAGAGAGGAGCGUGGGCCAGGCUUGGCAUCCCGCGUCCCGGCGCGCCAGCCCUCCACCCCUCGCACGACCCUGCCCCGGGCGGCCGCAGCGAGACGGAGUUCUGCUUCAAUUUCUAUUUUAAAUCACGGUAGAGAAGAACAUUGAAUUUUGAAAAAAAAUGUUGGAAACCAUUGACAAAAAUCGGGCCCUGCAGGCAGCAGAGCGAUUGCAAACCAAGCUGCGAGAACGUGGGGAUAUAGCAAAUGAAGACAAACUGAGCCUUCUGAAGUCAGUCCUGCAGAGCCCUCUCUUUAGUCAGAUUCUGAACCUUCAGACUUCUGUACAGCAGCUGAAAGACCAGGUAAACAGUGCAACUUCAGGAACUUCAAAUAUUGAAUAUGCCCACGUUCCUCAUCUCAGCCCAGCUGUAAUCCCUACUCUGCAAAAUGAAUCAUUUAUAUUGUCAUCCAAUAAUGGGAAUCUGGAAGCACUUACAGGGUCUGGCACUCCACAUAUCAAUGGGAAACCUGCUUAUGAUGAAUUUGAUCAGCUGAUCAAAAAUAUGGCCCAGGGUCGCCAUGUAGAGAUUUUUGAGCUCCUCAAACCUCCAUGUGGAGGCCUUGGGUUUAGUGUCGUGGGAUUAAGGAGUGAAAACAGGGGAGAGCUCGGAAUAUUUGUACAAGAGAUACAAGAGGGCAGUGUGGCUCAUAGAGAUGGAAGAUUAAAGGAAACUGAUCAGAUCCUUGCUAUCAAUGGACAGGCACUUGAUCAGACAAUUACACAUCAACAGGCUAUCAGCAUUCUGCAGAAAGCCAAAGACACCGUCCAGCUAGUUAUUGCCAGAGGCUCGUUGCCUCAGUUGAUCAGCCCCAUAGUUUCCCGUUCUCCGUCGGCAGCCAGCACAAUUUCAGCUCACUCUAAUCCCGUUCACUGGCAGCAUGUGGAAACUAUUGAAUUGGUCAAUGAUGGAUCUGGUCUGGGAUUUGGCAUCAUAGGAGGAAAAGCAACUGGUGUUAUAGUGAAAACCAUUCUUCCUGGAGGAGUAGCUGAUCAGCAUGGGCGAUUAUGCAGUGGAGACCACAUUCUAAAGAUCGGUGACACAGAUCUAGCAGGAAUGAGCAGUGAGCAAGUAGCACAGGUCCUUAGGCAAUGUGGAAAUAGAGUUAAAUUGAUGAUUGCAAGAGGCGCCGUAGAAGAACAUACAGCACCCAACUCUUUGGGCUUUACCCUCUCCUCGUCCCCAUCUUCCACACCAGAGAUGCGGGUUGAUGCUUCUACUCAGAAAAGUGAAGAAAGUGAGACAUUUGAUGUAGAACUCACUAAAAAUGUCCAAGGAUUAGGAAUUACCAUUGCUGGUUAUAUUGGAGAUAAAAAAUUAGAACCUUCAGGAAUCUUUGUAAAGAGCAUUACAAAAAGCAGUGCUGUUGAACAUGAUGGAAGAAUUCAAAUUGGAGAUCAAAUUAUAGCAGUAGAUGGCACAAACCUUCAGGGCUUUACUAAUCAACAAGCAGUAGAAGUUUUGCGACACACAGGACAAACAGUGCGCCUGACACUAAUGAGGAGAGGCGCGAAGAAGGAGGCGGAGCUCACGUUUAAGGAGGACAUCACAAAAGACUCAGAUUUAUCUCUCGUUAAUGCCAUAACAGACAAAGAAAAUUAUGAAAAAGAGGAAGAUACUUUAUCUUUGCGGAGAAACACCAAUAUAUUACCAAUUGAAGAAGGGUAUCCACUGCUGUCAGCCGGAAUAGAAGACAUAGAAGAUGCCAAACAACAAGAAUCUGCCCUGCUGACAAAGUGGCAAAGGGUUAUGGGCAUUAACUAUGAAAUAGUGGUGGCCCAUGUGAACAAAUUUAGUGAGAACAGUGGGUUGGGGAUAAGUCUGGAAGCAACAGUGGGACAUCAUUUUAUCCGUUCUGUUCUACCAGAAGGUCCUGUUGGACACAGUGGGAAGCUUUUCAGCGGAGACGAGCUAUUGGAAGUAAAUAGCAUAACUUUGCUUGGGGAAAAUCACCAAGAUGUGGUGAAUAUCUUGAAAGAACUGCCUAUAGAAGUGACGAUGGUGUGUUGUCGUCGCACUGUGCCACCCACCACCCAGUCAGAAUUGGAGAGCCUGGACUUAUGUGAUAUUGAGCUAACAGAAAAGCCUCAUGUAGAUCUAGGUGAAUUCAUCGGGUCCUCAGAGACAGAGGAUCCAGUGCUGGCAAUGACUUAUGUGGGUCAGAAUACCGAGGAGAUUCAAGAACCUUUGGCCAUGUGGGAGGCUGGCAUUCAGUACAUAGAGCUGGAGAAGGGAAGCAAAGGACUUGGUUUUAGCAUUUUAGAUUAUCAGGAUCCAGUUGAUCCAGCAAGCACUGUGAUUGUAAUUCGUUCUUUGGUGCCUGGAGGUGUUGCUGAAAAGGAUGGAAGACUUCUUCCUGGAGAUAGGCUCAUGUUUGUCAAUGACAUUAACUUGGAAAACAGCAGUCUCGAGGAAGCUGUAGAAGCCCUGAAGGGAGCACCAUCAGGAACUGUGAGGAUAGGCGUUGCUAAGCCUUUGCCUCUUUCACCAGAAGAAGGUUAUGUUUCUGCUAAGGAGGAUUCCUUUCUGUACCCACCACACUCACGGGAGGAUGAAGAGUUGGCUGACAAAGCCCUCUUUAGGGCUGACUUGGCUCUGGUGGACACAAACGAUUCUGAGAUAGUAGAUGAAUCCACUUUUGAAUCUCAAUUUUCUCCUGAUAAUGACAGUAUCUACUCUACUCAAGCAUCUAUUUUAUCUCUUCAUGGUAGUGCUUGUAGUGAUGGCCUGAACUAUGGUCAGUCCCUUCCAUCCCCUCCUCCUAAGAUGCACCUGUUAUCCUUGCUGAUGAUGCUGGGCAAUCUCCUUGAAUUGGUUUGCAAGCAGGAUGUCAUUGAAAAUUCUUCUGAUCCAGUACGUGAUCUGCAUAUGUCUUUGGAAGAGCUGUACAGCCAGAAUCUCCUGCAAAGACAAGAUGAGAAUCUUCCUUCAGUAGACUUGGGCAUGAGGCCUGCUUCUGGCUUUACCAUAAAUGAUUACACACCUGCAGAUGCUCUCGAGCAACAAUAUGGAUGUGAAAACACAAUAACAUGGACUGACUCUCAGCUACCAAGUGAAGUCAGAUCAAGUACAGAACUUACCUCUCCUGUGCGACCUGACUCAACUGGAAAGGGCUCUGAGUACUUAAUUGAACAGAGUUCCCUGGCUGCUAAUGCUGAGUGUGUCAUGCUCCAAAAUGUAUCCAAAGAAUCUUUUGAGAGGACUAUUAUUAUAGCAAAAGGCAAUUCUAGCCUCGGGAUGACAGUUAGUGCUAAUAAAGAUAGCUUGGGGAUGAUUGUGCGAAGCAUUAUUCAUGGUGGUGCCAUUAGUCGAGAUGGCCGGAUUGCCGUUGGGGACUGCAUUUUGUCCAUUAAUGAAGAAUCUACCAUCAGUUUAACCAAUGCCCAGGCACGAGCUAUGUUGAGAAGACAUUCCCUCAUUGGGCCUGACAUAAAAAUUACUUAUGUGCCUGCAGAACAUUUAGAAGAGUUCAAAAUAAGCCUGGAACAACAGUCUGGAGGAAUAAUGGCACUGAACAUUUUUUCUUCAUACACUGGCAGAGACAUUCCAGAACUACCAGAGCGAGAAGAAGGAGAGGGAGAAGAAAGUGAACUUCAAAACGCAGCAUACAGCAACUGGAAUCAGCCCCGGCGGGUUGAACUUUGGAGAGAACCAAGCAAAUCCUUGGGCAUCAGCAUUGUUGGUGGACGCGGGAUGGGGAGUCGUCUAAGCAACGGUGAAGUGAUGAGGGGCAUUUUUAUCAAACAUGUUCUUGAAGAUAGUCCAGCUGGCAAGAAUGGAACCUUGAAACCUGGCGAUAGAAUAGUAGAGGUGGAUGGAAUGAACCUCAGAGAUGCAAGCCAUGAGCAAGCUGUGGAAGCCAUUCGGAAUGCAGGAAACCCUGUAGUCUUUAUGGUACAGAGCAUUAUAAACAGACCAAGGAAAUCCCCUUUGCCUUCCUUGCCGCACAACCUUUACCCUAAGUACAACUUCAGCAGCACUAACCCAUUUGCUGACUCUCUACAGUUCAACGCUGACAAGGCGCCCAGUCAGUCAGAGUCGGAGCCAGAGAAGGCUCCAUUGUGCAGUGUGCCCCCACCCCCUGCUUCAGCAUUUUCAGAAAUGGGCAGUGACCAGGCAUGGUCAUCUUCCAGCAGUAUCUCAGAAGAGGUGGAGAAAGAGGACGAGUUCGGUUACAGCUGGAAAAAUAUCAGAGAACGUUAUGGAACCCUAACAGGUGAGCUACAUAUGAUUGAACUGGAGAAAGGCCGUAGUGGUUUGGGUCUAAGUCUCGCUGGGAACAAAGACCGAUCCAGGAUGAGUGUCUUUAUCGUGGGAAUUGAUCCAAAUGGAGCGGCAGGAAAGGAUGGUCGGUUGCAAAUUGCAGAUGAGCUUCUAGAGAUCAAUGGUCAAAUUUUAUAUGGAAGAAGUCAUCAGAAUGCUUCAUCGAUCAUUAAAUGUGCCCCUUCUAGAGUAAAAAUAAUUUUUAUCAGAAAUAAAGAUGCAGUAAGUCAAAUGGCUGUAUGUCCUGGAAAUGCAGUAGAACCUUUGCCUUCUACCUCAGUGAAUCUUCCGAAUAAGGAGAUGGAACCAAGUUUUACUACUUCUGGUGCCGCUGUGGACCUCAGUUCAUUUAAAAAUGUACAACACCUAGAGCUUCCCAAGGAUCAAGGGGGUUUGGGCAUUGCUCUCAGUGAAGAAGACACGCUCAGGGGAGUCGUCAUACAGAGUCUGACAGAGCAGGGCAUAGCAGCCAAGGAUGGACGCCUCAAAGUUGGAGAUCAGAUCUUGGCUGUAGAUGAUGAAAUUGUUGUUGGAUAUCCUGUUGAAAAGUUUAUUAGCCUAUUGAAGACAGCAAAGACGACAGUAAAACUUACCAUUCAUGCUGAGAAUGCAGAUUCCCAUGCUGUUGCUUCAAUAGCUGGUGUAGCCAAUGGAGAAAAAAAGAACAGCUCCCAGUCUCCAGUGGUCCCACAGUCUGCCUCCCCGGAACCGGAGACCAUCCGAAGUACAAGUAGAUCGUCCACACCAGCAGUCUUUGCUUCUGAUCCUGCAACCUGCCCCAUUAUCCCUGGCUGCGAGACAACCAUCGAGAUUUCCAAAGGGCGGACAGGGCUAGGCCUGAGCAUCGUGGGGGGGUCAGACACGCUGCUGGGUGCCAUUAUUAUCCAUGAAGUUUAUGAAGAAGGAGCAGCAUGUAAAGAUGGAAGACUGUGGGCUGGAGAUCAGAUUUUGGAGGUGAAUGGAAUUGACUUGAGAAAGGCCACACAUGAUGAAGCAAUCAAUGUCCUGAGACAGACACCGCAGAGAGUGCGUCUGACACUGUACAGAGACGAGGCCCCGUAUAAAGAGGAGGAAAUGUGUGACACCCUCACUGUGGAGCUGCAGAAGAAGCCAGGAAAAGGCCUGGGAUUAAGCAUUGUUGGUAAAAGAAAUGAUACUGGAGUAUUUGUGUCGGACAUUGUCAAAGGAGGAAUUGCAGAUGCCGAUGGAAGACUGAUGCAGGGAGACCAGAUUUUAAUGGUAAAUGGAGAAGAUGUCCGUAAAGCCACCCAGGAAGCGGUUGCUGCUUUGCUAAAGUGUUCCCUAGGCACAGUGACCUUGGAAAUCGGAAGAAUCAAAGCUGGUCCAUUCCAUUCAGAGAGAAGGCCUUCUCAGAGCAGCCAGGUGAGUGAAGGCAGCCUAUCAUCUUUCACUUUUCCACUUUCUGGAUCCAGUACAUCUGAGUCACUGGAAAGUAGCUCAAAGAAAAAUGCACUGGCAUCUGAAAUACAAGGAUUAAGAACAGUUGAAAUAAAAAAGGGGUCUACUGACUCACUGGGAAUCAGCAUUGCUGGAGGAGUGGGCAGCCCACUUGGUGACGUUCCAAUAUUUAUUGCGAUGAUGCACCCAAAUGGAGUUGCAGCUCAGACCCAAAAACUCCGGGUUGGAGACAGGAUUGUCACUAUCUGUGGCACAUCCACUGAGGGCAUGACCCACACUCAGGCAGUUAACCUGCUGAAAAAUGCGUCUGGCUCCAUUGAAAUGCAGGUGGUUGCUGGAGGAGAUGUGAGUGUGGUCACAGGCCAUCAGCAGGAGUCUGCCAGUUCCAGCCUUUCCUUCACUGGGCUGACGUCAAGCGGUAUAUUUCAAGAUGACUUAGGACCUCCUCAAUGUAAGUCCAUUACGCUAGACCGAGGACCAGAUGGCUUAGGCUUCAGUAUAGUAGGGGGAUAUGGCAGCCCUCAUGGAGACUUACCCAUUUAUAUUAAAACAGUGUUUGCAAAGGGAGCAGCGUCUGAAGACGGGCGUCUGAAAAGGGGCGAUCAGAUCAUUGCUGUCAAUGGGCAGAGUCUAGAAGGGGUAACCCAUGAAGAAGCUGUUGCCAUCCUUAAGCGGACAAAAGGCACUGUCACUCUGAUGGUUCUCUCCUGAAUCAGCUUCCAAAACUGGGCCAGCGUAACACUUCUCACUUGCUGUUCUAAAGAGCAUGGACUUAGACUUGAGGAUGACUGUUUUCUGAGCUGUGUUCAUUGGGAAUCUUCAAAACUAUAGGAUAAAAAUAACAUUUAAGUUUCUUUUUCUCACGUGGAAAUGGUUUUCUUACUGACAACUUAACGUUGUUUUUCCUUUCCCCUUGCAUUUUGUGAACUCAAACAAAGAGAACAGAUAUUUGCAUAGGUAAAUCUGUUUUUUCUUUGUGACAGUAUCUAAUGUUUUGUAGUCAUGUGGGCAAACAUUAUUAUGUGCUAUGUUGGUUAGUAGAAAAAAAAUAAUUCUAAAGCUAAUCAAAGACAAACUUCUUCAGUAAAUUAGCACGUAUAAUGAAAAUAUAAGAUAAAGAAGAAAAUCUCAGAGUUUUAUAAAAAUGCCUCAAUUUGGCAGUCUAAUUCCUCUCCCCACACCAAACUAAAAAAGAAAAAAAAAGAAUUUCUUUUUCUAUUAAAAAUCUUAGAGAAUACUCUUAGUAUUUAAAAAUUUUGGACAGAGUAUUGUUAAAAUUUGCACCUCCCCGUCUCUAAUAUGCACAUGUAUCUUUCCUGCUAAAAUUGGUUUCUGUGACUGUGUAAAUAGGAACUGUAAGAAGCCAGGCCCCUAAAUUUUGUAAAGAAAUCAUAAUUCUUGAAAAUCUCAAUGUUCUUUUUUCAGUUUUUGACUUGUUAUAAAAUAUUUCCAUGUUGCUGUAAGAGAAAUGGUGAUGCUACCCCAUGUUGAUUGUGGUGUUUCUGGAAAGCAUCUGUGCUAAUCAUGGAGGAACAUACAGGGUCCCAGCAUCUUUUAGUGCUGGUUUUAACAACUGAUGCAACACUAAGUAUGUGUGAGUGUGCUGUGCAGUUGGUUUUCAAUUACUAUUAAUCUUACUGACAGAAAAAGCAAUGUGGUAGUGAUUAUUUUGGUUGUAUGCCACUAGUAAAUUGAUAGAAAAAUUAAGGGGAUUAACAUAACUUCAUUUCAUUGCCUUAUAUUAACAUCUUAUAAUACAAUAGCUUAAGACUAAGGGAAACAGAUGGAGCUGUUUAUUGAGACAACUGGUGAGGAAUUAUCAUGUGUUCAUUCCCAUUUUAGAGCAUGAAACUCCUACAUUAGAAUAUAUAAAGUCACUUUAAAUAUUACUAUAUUUGUAACAGAAGUAGUGUACAGAUAUUUUAUUACAGCAUUUUUGUGUAAAUGCAGAAUUAAAGUGAAUAAAUAAGAAGUUUCAGUGGUACACAAA